AUGUGGAAGUGUUCAGACUGCAGAGAUGGGGCGCGCUCUCGAUAUUCUCUCACUCCACCCGUCGAUAGUUCUCCGCCCGUCGAUAAACGUUCAACUGCAGACACCAGCACUAAGCGGAAUUACCCUGAGCGCUCUAUAAGCAACAACGAUCUCAUGGCGGCUAUGGAAACCAUCACUGCGGAGCUUCGUGCUAUCCGGGAGCAGCAGGUUGUUUUGUCUAAUUCGGUCACCUUCUGUUCUGAUAAGGUGUCCGAUUUCGAGGAAAAAUUAAUAAAAAUUAACGAGUGGAUGCGGGCUACCGACAAAAUACUCAAAGAAAAUGCAAAACUGAAGACGGAUGUUGCUAAUCUCGAACUAAAGCUGAGUGACUUGGAGCAAUCUAGUCGUUUAAAUAAUAUUGAAAUACAGGGAAUCCCCGAAAAACAAAACGAAAAUCUUAAAACUGUAAUCCAUGAAAUAGGAAACUACAUUAACUACAGCAUUGCAUCUGAGAAAAUUGAGUAUGUGCACAGAGUCCAACUAAACAAAAAUUCUAAUAAUAAAAUUAAAAAUAUAAUUGUUCGUUUCAAUAACCGCAAUGAAAAAGAAAAUUUUCUUGCAGCAGCUAAACAAAAGCGAAUGCGUAAGGAAAAUGGCUCACCAAGAAUGGAGAUAAAGGGAAUAUCAGAUAAUUUUUACAUAAACGAACACCUAACUUUAGAGAAUAAAAUUUUAUUUAAACAAACUAGAUCGGUUGCGAAGGAGAAACAUUACAAAUACACCUGGACGAAAAAUGGAAUGGUUUUUAUUCGUAAAGACGAUACCUCCCGCAUAGUUCUUGUACGCAAUACGAAUAUUUUGGAAAACCUGUAA